AUGUCUCAAAGAUUGAAGUUCUUACGAACGACCGCCUCUGAUGAUAGUGAUGCUAGCGGUCUCCAAUUCAUUGCUCACAUGUGGAUCAACCAGGAGAAGUUGUCUCUUAUUAUUAAGGAGAUUAGCGGCAGUUUCCUUCCAUUGCGGAAGCCUGCACAAAACAUGCUCGCGUCAUUAUUACCAGAGACCAUUCAUCGGUGGAUCGAAGCUCAUCCGAAAGACUUUGUUGACUUACAUAUGAAUAAUGGGCGGCUGGAAAAGGGUGUAGAUAUCUUAUUCGACAUCGCCGCAUCACUUGCGGACGGUGCCAAGCGACGGGCUAUCAUCUGGCCCCUUCAAACAGCUCUCAUACUUCUUUUACCGGACGUCUUUUGGACUCUGGAUAUCCGGAGUGAGCAGCGGGGAAGUCUGUCCAAAAAGGUUGCGUUCUUAAAUGAUCUCCGGCGUUCCCUGCGGCUUCCAAAGAACUCAGACAUUGCUGCAUCAUGUCUUAUCAUUAUGUGCCGUGCCGGUAGCCUCUUUCCAGCCGAGCCGGAUGGCGCUCUUCUGAGCUUUGCCUUGGACGUGCAGAAUGAGGUGACUGAGGAAAUAUUCCGACGGCAACAAUUUGGCGAAGAUCUUAGUGUUGAUAGGGAUAUCAUGAUAAAGGCAUUUGUGAGCUCAGCAAGAUUAGGUGUAGAUAGCGUUGUCGGGAACCUGUUACCAAGGUGUCUGGAUAAAAAUUCGCCAAUCACGUUCAAGAUCACGGUCUUCGCUGGAGUGGCCGUGUUGGCCUCGCAGAACAUCGCUUCUACUCGACAUGCCAAUACUAGCAGUACAAAUGGAUCUUCUUUGGCCGGUGGUACUCUAAAUUCGCAGACUCGGCAUAAGAAUCUGUCAACCGAUAGCAUUGGAUCAUCUGAAUUACUAUAUCAGUUGUUAGAGCUCCUUAAGAUCCGUCCAUUGUUGAUGUACGAGAAUUUGGAUGCGGGUGCCGAAGAAUGGGAUAGAUUAGGAGAUAGGAUGAUCAGCAGUCUUCUAAGACUUAUAUACGAUGAUGACGAAUUUGUUAGGCAUUCCGCAGUGGUAUUUGCAAGAAGGCUCUUGAGUCCAGAAGCCUUUCAGAUGACUACAGACAUGCGACUGGGCCAAGGGGCGAUUAGUGUGCUAAACUUCUUCUGGAAAGCGACGUUACUGGUUCACGGGUAUCUGGAAACCAGAGUCAGCAUCAUUUCUUCCAGAAAGGUGACUUUCGCUUCUGGUACACAAGUAUCUUCACCAAUAAAGGCUGAAUUUUUGGAAAAGGACAUCACAGAGGGUAUCACAGAUAUUCCCGAACGCACCAUCGCCAACGUAUCGCUUGAGGUGUCAUUCUUGGUUUUGCUAUGCUCUAGUGAUCUCGAUAUAUGCUCUAUCACAACACAUGCCAUUGCCCUUCUUUGCGAAGAGGGGCGUUUAACAGAGAAUCCUGACGAUCUGGCGAGGAGUAAUCUAACAGUCAUGCGCAACUUUCCUGUGUACUCUGAAUUAUCUUUACAGACAUUUAGAAUCACAGGCCCCGUGGCAUUCCAAAAGCGAUUGAGAAAACUACUGACAAGAAUGAGUAUGCCUGGCCCAGGAAUACUCACAGCCUGGGAAGCAGUUUUCACGAGAUGGCGGACACUUUCAAAACAUAUCCUUUCGCCUGGUGUAGCAAAUGCUGGCGGAAUUGAUGAUGGGCUAUUUGCGGAGUGGAGAAAUUAUUCAGGGUUCUUAGCAUCAAUUGCGGGAUGCUGCAUUGCAGAUUUGCCGCAGCAACUCCGUGCAGAUGACUCAACGACGUCGGGUUUGCGUUGGAUCGAUCGCCUUGCCAGUGAUGGUGACCAAAUGAGCCUGUUGGAGCGAUUUAUGAAGCAGUGCUUACAGUUACUGGUGUGCAAGCUUGUCAAUGUGCGGGAGAAUAUCAGGGAAGUUCUCGGAACUGAGUUGAAUCCCCGGCUCUACCUUCAGUUAUUCAGAAGCUUAGAGACGGAGUUUAGUAUCUUGUUUGACCCUGGUUUCAAAGACGCUCAGAGUGAGAGCCCUAGUCGGACGUUGUUUGCGGAGCAGGCCUGUAGUCUGCUGAAGACCAUUGUGGAGAGAUUGGAGGAUGCUCAGGAUAUGUUUCUUACAGUCGACUUGGGAGCACUGACAUUAAGUCUCGCGAGAUACUUGAAUACGCUUAAGGAGGAUUACACUACGUUGAGGGUCAAAAUUAGGAUGUGUCAGUUGGUGGAGCUUGUCGCUAGGAAAAAGGAACUGGUGAAUCUCAGGCAGGAUAUCAGAGUACGGAAUAACCUGCUGCAGAUCCUUAGCGAGUGGAUGCCCCGCCCCGCGAAGCCGAAUUAUCCAAUCAAUCCUCGCAAAGACGAACUUAUACGCCCACAACGUGAUCUCGACCGUGCUUGUCUCAAAGCCCUUGUAAAUUUGCUUCACCGCCUUCCAUUACAGCCUCCAGAGACAGCGCAUGACAGCGCGGAUGUGGUUGAUGCUCGUUCACAGAUGUUCUGCAGCUAUUUUACCUUGUUCCUUUCAUUGUUGGAUUCUAGCCAGCUUGAAAGCGAUAGAAGACGUGAAUUGCAGACUGUCUCAUUAGCUAAAGACGAUGCUAGCAGCUUCCAAGACCUUGCAAUCCAAGCAUUGAGUAACUUGCUUAGUGCGAACGUAGAUGUUGGCUUGAAGUUUAGUUUGGAGAUUGGCUACCAUGACGAUUUGCAGACAAGGACUGCCUUCAUGCACGUGCUCACUAAUAUUUUAACUCAAGGGACCGAAUUUGGGGCCUUAGGUGACUCAGCUAUUGGCGAGAAGUACGAGAAGCUAAUUGAUGUGAGUUCUCUACUUGUGAAUGACCUCCAGUUUGCCUUGGCCUUGUGUGACAGUUGUCCCAGCAGUGAGGUUGACGAGAUGAGCAUUGCGUUGCUUAACAUCUUUGAUUCGCGAGGUCUUGGGCUGACCCUACUGAAGGAGCUCAUUGAGCAAGAGGUUGCGAAUACGGAGAGUGAAUCGGAGCUUCUCCGAAGGAAUUGUGUGGCGACAAAAAUGCUUUCCGUCUUUGCCAAAUGGAAGGGAUCGGAAUAUUUGCGCAACGUUCUCCAGAAGGUCCUCCAGCGAGUGAUUGUUUCGUCUGAUAAGCUUGGCCUAGAACUCGACCCAACAAGGACUCCUUCGACGGAAGAGCUACACCGGAAUGAGUUGCAACUACGAUACAUCACCAAGGUGUUUAUCGACGAGAUCUGCAAAUCCGGGAACAUCGCCCCAAAUUCUUUCCGAUGGAUCUGCCAUACUAUCACCGCCUGUGUGACGUCACGAUUCCCAGAAGCAAAGUUCACCGCUGUCGGCGCGUUCAUAUUUCUUCGAUUCUUUUGCCCGGCAAUUGUCGCACCCGACUCGGAAGGCCUCGUCAAUAACAUUCCAAACAAGGAGAUGCGGAGAGGACUGCUGUUGAUCGCUAAGAUUGUGCAGAAUCUCGCCAACAAUGUCUUGUUCGGGGCUAAAGAGCCCUACAUGAUCCCACUUAAUGACUUCCUUACGGCAAAUAUCUGCGUGGUCACGGCGUUCCUCCGUGAGAUCUCUAGCCUGCCGAAGAAGCAGGAGCCGGUUGUUGCACAGGAGUCCUUCGAUUUUGGCAGUAGUGUUGCCCUUCAUAGAUUCUUGUAUGACCAUUGGGAGAUUGUACGACAGAAGCUCAUUUUCCAAGAGAAACACAAAGCAAGGUUGAAUGGGGAGAAGAGUUUUUCUGCGGAUGCUGGGCCAUCGAACUUGCAGUUGUCCAUUACGAAAUUCUCUGGCCUGAUCAGUACAUUAGGGGCCCCGCCGUUAGACAUCAGUUUAGGGAGACCGACACUCACGGGGAAUAUUCAACCGGCUUACAGCAGAUAUCAACAUUUCAUGCUGAGGAACUCUGGCAGAAGUGUGGAGAGUAUUCUUGCCGCUAGAAUUGUUUACGAUGGUGGAGAGACUAAAGACAACAUACCGGUUAUCUGCUUCGUGCUGAGGAAUAUCAAUAUUGGAACUGUGGAUCCUGAUCUACUGAUAUACUGCUAUUUGAAGGUUUGUUUCAGGAUGUGGCACAAACCCUUCGCAGUGCUCAUUGACGCUACCUGCUACAGUCUGAACAACGAGAUGCCAGACGAGCUCUACAAGAAGAUUGACAACCUUAUGCCUCCCGAAAUGGUCAAGAACUAUAGCAGGUUGUACAUUUACAACAUGAACACUGCUUUUCGAAAGUUCUUCCGCCGACAAUUACGUUAUGCCGUUCGCGAUGACACCAACGCCUGGAAUCCGAACAAUAUUGAUUUUAUUAUGUUGGGCAGUGUUGUGGAGUUACAACAGCAUUUCAAUCUUGGCUCUCUACACCUUCCGAAGGAAACAAUGAGCUUUCUAAGUGAUACCCGAUAUAUGUAUCAUCAUAUCACUCGGCUAUCGAAGACCAAGGGCAAAAUAGAGGUGGUAUUCAAAAUUGGCGCUCAGUAUAUCCAGAUCACACCGACAAAGAAGCAGGAAAUUGUCGCCGGGUUGAAGAUGUCUGCUACCAUAAACGAUAUCUUCAGAUUGAAUGAUGUGGAGGAAGCCAACGCGUCUUUCCACACCGAUGAGGAGAAUGCCUUCGGAAUUAAGACUGACAACGGGAAGCUCACCAUGUUCUUCUCCAGUCCAAAGAAGAAUGAGAUCGUUCAAACUCUCAAGAGCUCAAAGUCGAAGUACUCCAAGGAUAACAGGCCUUCAAAACUCAAUGAGAGGACAAUAAGGCCAGAGGAUGUUCCCGGAACCUUGUUAAACAUCUCUUUAAUGAACAUUGCUAGUUAUGACCAGUAUCUAAGACUGGCAGCAUAUAAUCUCCUCUGCGCGCUGUGCCAGGCUUUCCGGUUCAACCUGGAUAGGCAAUUCGUCAGCGCGAAGGGCUUGAGUAUCCCGACGGACUCGGUGAUCCUAAUUGUGGGUGUGAGUGAGAAGUUGGCGGCAGCAGAGCCGCAGCUGACAUUUGACUUCCUGUCUGAAUUCUUUGUCGGUUGGGAGAAGUCACACCCUCAACAGCGACCGCUGAAUAUCCUUUAUAUGGCGCCAUGGUUGGCAAAUCUUCAUUCACAGGUGCUUAUGGGCGGGGAGGAUCCCGAGCGCGGCAAAGAACGCCUGGCAGCCAUCGCAAGGAAGAUGAUUGAUAUUACGGUGCGGGAACCAAGGCUUUAUACUUCUUUCCAGCAGAACGCCUGGUGCAUCAUUAGCAAGGAUGAGGGGCUAUUGGAUGUGUUCUUGGAUGAAUUGGUUAAAUCGGCAAUGAACUUUGGGUUUGGAUCGGAGGGAGCGGAGACAAUUGGCUCUAUCGCAUCGAGUUUCGGAACUCCGACCAUCCGAGGGAAGAUUAUCGCAAGGAUCCGGAAGGUUCUUAACAGAUCGUCACUAAGGCCGAUGAGACAUCUGGUGGACAACAUAGUUUGGAACGAGAUUUGCGUGUUGCUGAGACUUUGCCUUGCCAUCUCUUUUGAUAGCAGAGUUCAAGCGCAAAUGUAUCUCCCCGAGCUCUUCCACAUCAUCACGAUGGUCGUCAAUUGCGGAUCCAUCCCCGUGAGAUCUACGGUACACAGCUUACUGGUUAACACGGUUCACUCGAUAUGUGUUUCGUUCCCGUUGGAGGAUGCGAAAUUGACACAGCUGAAGGGGAUACUAGCGAGCUUGUCGGAGCCAAAGCUUUGCUUGCUAUUUAGCUUGAAUAGGCCGACCAGUAGGGAUGCCUUAGCAAUCCAAGAGCAAAGAGGCUCAGAGACUACUACUGCUACGUCUAUGGAGUUAAUCACCAACCUGCUACUAGAGAUUGUGUCUGUCGCCGCACCGUCAACCGAUAUGGCGAACAUAUGGCGGGCCCGAUGGAUGAGUCUCGUGGCAAGUACCGCUUUCCAGAGCAACCCAGCAAUCCAAUCUCGCGCAUUUGCGGUCAUGGGAUGUCUCGCUCGGGAAGACGUCGACGACGACCUACUCUACCAGGUGCUCGUGGCUUUGCGCGGAGCCCUAGCUAGAUACUCCGAAAGCGGAGAUCACGAAAUGCUAACCAGCAUUGUUACGAGUCUGACUAAGAUGAUGGAGAACCUUCAGCCGACCUCCCGCUACCUCUACCAACUGUUCUGGCUAGCGAUGUCACUCGUCCGCGUCGGCCACGGGCUAGUCUUCACCUGUUCCGCAAGUCUCCUAGAAGCAACCCUAAAGACUAUCGCCUCAUCCGGCGAAUUCAAGGACAACCGCAUGGUCUCGGUGCUCCUGCAGGGGCGCAGCCAACUCGAAGAAGCCACCGCCGCGAUCGACGACAUCUACAACAUCAAGUUCAACUCGGAAAGCUUCCACUUUGCCGUCUGCGCAACACUAACCAAAGGGCUUCAAGACCCAUCCACAAAGCCCUCAGCCCUGCGCACGCUCACCGCAUUCCUAGAAGUAAUCUCAGCCAACACCCCAGAAAGCUCGCAGUGGGGCACGGACAUGCCCGUACCACCCUACCUCUCCAUGGUGCUAACCCGCGCAACCAGCACAUCAGAGAUGAAAGAAGUCCUCUGGAUAACCGGAAUCGCCCUAGCAGAUGAAGACGCCACCAUGGACAGCGGCAGCGGUGGCAGUGGUGGCAGCGGUUGGGACACGUGCGCGAAACUGACGCCAAUGAUAGACAUCAUGUCAGAGAAGAACCUCCUUCUCAUCGGCGCCCUCGCCGUCGUCGACUUUCGCUCAUGCGAGGAGAGCAUACAGAAGGCCACGCUUGCCCUCUUCACCCGCAUGGCGGAGCGCCGUCCGGAGGUGCUCCUACUACUCUAUGAUCAUUUGCUGGAAUAUUUAGAUGAGGUGCUCAAUAGCUCACAUAAUCCCAUGCUACUGAAGGAGGCGAACGCACUCAUGUGCGUUGUUAGUAUGGACUCCAGAUUCGCGAAUCGCGGCUCUGCGGCGAAGGAGACUCUCGCGUAUCGUCUUGCCCGGUGGGGCCUGAGCGGAAUUUGGACCGCGACGAGUUUUAGAAGCACCAAGGAGUUUGAAAAGAGGUGUGCUGGAUUGACGGAUAGGUUGAUUGAGGUUUGCAUUUCGUGAUUCUUUUCCUUUCUCCUUUUCUCUCCCCCUUCCCCCCUUUCCGCUUCUUUGCUUGUUUGGCGGGUAUAGGUGGGGGGGCUAAUUUAUCGUAUGUAUGAUAGCAUAUCAUUAUUUGAUUGAUGGCAAUCAAAUGUCUGUCUGGUGCGGUUUCUCUUCUCUCUCUUUUUCUCCCCUUUCUUUUUUGUUCCUGUUUGCGGCGGGGGGAGACAUUCGCUGUAGCUAGUUUUCCUUUUUGUUUUUCUUUCCAUUCGGGACAUUUCGCUACUUGCUGUGCUUUGUUAUACGCGUUCAUUGAUUGCAUUGGAUGGUGUGGGGCGUUCUCUCUCUUCCUUUCUUUUUUUUUUUCCUUUUUCCUUUUUCCUCUUUUCACCCAUUCCCU